UGAGCGAAAAAUGGACAAAAGAACAAGAAGAGGCGUUGGCGAAGGCGUGGGUACAUUGUUCUACCAACAAAAAAAAGGGCAAUCAACAAAGUCGCGAAAGUUUUUGGGGUAAAAUUUUAGAGCACUUUAACAAAACUAUCGGUGGAAGUAAUCGGACCGUUCAUCAAGUACGGUCUAAAUGGAACCCGAUGCAUGCGAAAAUAAACUUUUUCAACGGCCUAUACCAACAAGCGGAUCGCACACGAGCAAGUGGAUGUCAAGAUCUCGACGUGAUGAAAGUCGCGUUAAAAGAAUUUAAAGAAAGAUUUCCAAGCGGUUUUCAACACAUCGAGGCGUGGGAGGUCGUUCGAAAACACGAGAAAUGGGCCCAAGUCCCAUUGAUGGGCGAGGAAGGUGAAGGUUCGGCACAUAAAAGAAAGCCGGUUGAAGUAGACUUUUCAAUACCGGAUAUUAACGAAGAUCCCUCGCCACAAAGAGCACAACGGCGAGACAAGCGUCAAGCUACAUCGUCCGAGGGAAGCUCGGCCGAGUUGGCGGCACAAUUCAAAGUGUACACCGCCAUGAAAGAAGCGAAGCAAGCGGUAGAAUUGGAGGCGAUCGAAUUGAGGAAAAAAAGAGAGUCGGAGGCUCGCGAGCUCAUAUCGGUACAAAUCGAGACGAUGAAAAACUACAAUUACGAUCGAGAUAUGAAAACCUUCCUUAAACCGCACGACGAUGUUCCGCCAAGUAUGUUGCCGAUCAUCCUAGCCCGAAAGCGAGAAAUCGCUAACAAGUACGGGUGGCCAUGCGAUUUCUAGUUU